AUACAUGUAAAAGAAGUACAUGGCAUGCCCUGGCGGUAAGUCUAUAAGUGUCCUUGGAAAACUUCUGUUCCCCAGAGGAGAGAAAGAAGUUGCCACUAGAAAAGCUGAACAGAGACGGAAAGGAAGACGAGUGAGUGCUGAUGGGGCUGGGCUCGUCCUCCUAUCUCUCCCUUUUGGGUUUGUGGCUUGUCUUCCUUUUUCAACCAGCCUCGGCCGCAAAUGCCGCCUGUCCCAGUGGUUGGCUGGCUGUCAAUAAUACCUGUUUUGGCUUCUUCACCACCCCAAUGAGUUGGGGAGACGCAGAGGCGGAAUGCCAGAAGCUUGGAUCGAAUGUGCAUCUUGCCUCGAUUGAUGAAGAGGGACAGAUGAAAAGCAUCGGAACAUAUAUUAGCAAGAAUUAUCAGAUCGCUAACAAUGUCUGGAUAGGAUUGCAAGAUGACCGGGCAAGUUACACAUUACAGAAACGACAGUUCAUAUGGAGCGAUCAUCGCCCAGUCCUGUACAUGUCCUGGGGACCCGCAGAACCCAACAAUGAGGGGGAACAAGAGCUCUGUGUGGACCUGAUGACAAUUGUCGGGUUUCAGGGAUGGGCGGAUAGCAGGUGUGAGAAAGAGCAGCCCUACCUGUGCAGAACUGACCCUGGGUUGCCAGGAUAAUAUGCCAACAUGCCUGGCCCCUUUGCCAAUGAGAUUGCAGCAAGAGAGCCUUCCUCCUGUGAUCAACCAAACCCUGCUACCUGGCAACCUUCUCAUAUCAUAGACUCAUAGAGGGUCUGUGGGUCAGCAAAAGUUCUUUCUGGGCUGUGAAACAAAUAAAUAAACUCCUUUCCAAAUACA